AUGGCUAGCCAAACCUCUCCCAAAUAUCGUGUCGCUGUUACUCAGCAUGAGCCAGAAUGGUUUGAUCUACAGAAGUCGGUGGAAAAGACAUGCCGUAUUAUCACAGAAGCUGCUGAAAACGGUGCGCGAUUAGUUACUUUUGCAGAAGCAUUUAUCCCAGGCUAUCCUGCUUGGAUAUGGACUCGUCCAGUCGAUCCCGUACUCUCUACUGCCUACAUUAAGAAUUCACUAGUCGUCGAUUCUGAUGAGAUGAAAACCAUUCAAAACUGUGCUGCUAGGCAUGGCAUUGUCGUAUCUCUAGGCUUUUCCGAAAAUGACAACAAUUCCUUGUACAUUGCGCAGGCUAUCAUCGACGGCGAUGGGUCGAUAGUCAUGAAGAGAAGGAAGCUUAAAGCUACACAUAUGGAGCGUACAGUUUUUGGAGAUGCUUCUGGGGAUAGUCUUUUGAAUGUUGCUUCGACUCGUGUUGGAAAGGUUGGAACUUUAGCUUGCUGGGAACAUUGCCAACCGUUGCUUAAAUAUCACACCUUCCACCAGCGAGAGCAGAUUCAUUGCUCAGCCUGGCCACCCAUUACGAACCAUACCGGUGGACCUGAGCUAUGGUCCAUGUCUUUGGAAGGAUGCCAGGCCCUUUCCCAAGUAUAUGCGAUAGAGUCCCAGACCUUUGUUCUUCACGCCACGACUGUCAUGACAGAAAAGGGAGUUAAAGCCAAUUCUUCAGAAGCUGGAAUGCUUAUGUCGGCACCUGGUGGAGGUGCUUCAGUCAUCAUCGGUCCCGAUGGUCGGGUCAUGUCGUCACCCCUUGGAUCCACAAGCGAAGGAAUUGUCUACGGGGAUAUUGAUCUAGAUCAAGCCGUAUUUGCGCGUAGUUUCUUGGAUAGCUGUGGACACUACAGCAGGCCUGAUCUUUUGUGGCUUGGAUGUGAUACCCGUGGACGUAAACUGAGAAUUGAAGGAAAGUUGUAA